GGAGAAGAUCUGCAAGUUAUCUUCGUCUCCAACUCUCCAACUCUCCACUUGAGUAUUUAAUUUAAAUCUCCAGUUUCCAUCCUUUCGUGACGGUCGCGAAGACAACGCGAAGCCUGAGCCCGCAGCAUGGCCAGUCAUUGAUAUGGCAUCCAGAAACCCAUUUCACGUUUCUAACCGGAAAUGUAGAGUCAUUUUGCAUGCUCGUUUGCGCUGCUCCUACACAUCACCGUCCACGCGACGGUACUGGACUCAGACCUCGCCGCGCACCCAUGUCGCCGACGACGAGAUUACACGGUUGGCAUCCAGCCGUCGUCCGCCGUUGACGCUUGGAGACCUCCUCAGACAUGGCCGUCCUCCGCUGGAUAAAGAGGCUCUGUUAGCCUCUGCGAACUUCACAUUAUCUCUCCUACCUGCGAGACUUGCGUCCAGAAUUCAAGCCCUGCGGAAUCUUCCGUUUAUCGUCGUGUCCAAUCCUCACGUGUCGAGGAUCUAUCAUAACUACUUACAUUCCUUAUCGACGCUCCUACCCUACCAGCAGCGGCAGAUCACCAAUCUGGAAGAAGAAAAGCAAUUCGCCGAGGUAAUGGCAGACCUAGUCCAGACACAUACGAACACAAUCCCCGUCCUCGCGCGAGGAUUUCUAGAGUGCAGGAAAUACAUCAGUCCCGCGGAAGUGACACGGUUUCUAGACUCGCAUCUGCGCGCGAGAAUCGGAACGAGAUUAAUAGCCGAACAGCACCUGGCUCUGCAUUUCGCGUCUCAACCCAUCAGUGAUGAAGACCCCAACCCGCCGCCUGAGAGGAGGGAGUCGGUGCCUUCUAACUAUAUUGGUGUCAUCGACACUGCUCUUCGUCCCGAACGGAUCAUCAGAUCUUGCGAGGACUUCGUAGGAGAGAUCUGCGAACUGAGAUACGGUGUCCGACCGAAACUUGUCAUCGACGGACAACCAGAAGCCAGCUUUGCGCAUGUUCCCGUGCAUAUCGAAUACAUCAUCACGGAACUGUUGAAAAACGCUUUCCGUGCUACGAUCGAAUCAGGUAAUGACCGGGAACCUAUCGAGGUAACCAUUGCCGCGGCACCAGAUGUACCAGGAGCGCAUGUUCGGGAGAUGUCCGAAACCGGCAAAGAUAGCAGCAGUGAGGCGGGUUUGAGAUUCAGUAAAUCUGACGGUGCGGAUGAUCCCAUCGCUCACGAAGCGAUUAAGCUUUCUCGUCCCUCGUCCCAGAGCAUUACUAUUAGACUCCGGGAUCGCGGUGGUGGAAUCCCCCCGGAAGUCCUGCCGCAUAUAUGGUCAUAUAGCUUCACGACUUUUUCGGAGGAUGACCUCCCGGGUUCGGAGAAUGGUAAUCUCGACGCGCUGAACACCAUCUCUGGCGCUGGUGGUAAUGGUAGCAGCAUUGCUGGACUCGGAUAUGGAUUGCCGUUGAGCAGAGCGUAUGCGGAGUACUUUGGUGGAGGCAUCGCUGUGCAGAGUCUAUGGGGCUGGGGCACAGAUGUCUACCUUACCUUACAGGGUGUUGGGAAGAUCUAAUCAGCGAUAUUCCUAUAAUGCUUAUAAUCUCUAGGAACAUAUGAGUUACCUAGGCGGGCCCUUUUUCCCGAUAGGGGGGAGAAGAUAAAAAGUCUCCGGCACCCUCCUAGUAUAAUCAUGCCAAAGAAAUGAAUCAUACAUCCAUU